AUGGCACUCGAUCCAAAGACUCCCGCCGACUAUGCAUUUCACAUACUAUUCACACAUUUCACGGUAACCGCCGAGAGGAAGUUGAGUAAUAUUAUGGGUUAUACCCUGGAUCAUGACCCAGACUUGUCCGGGAUUGUUGGUCCAGGUGUAGAUCCGGCAUUCGAUAAGUUACUGAAUUCGUUGGGUUAUAUUGCCAGACACAAACCUACACAUAUCAUGGACUCUUUUAUGCAAUGGCGGAAGGAUAAUAUGCAGGCUGAUGGCAACAGCUUGUCCACUCACCGGGACAGAAUUCUUCACGACCGCAAAAUUCAAACAACAUUGUUCAUAUUAUGUCGAGCUCUCAUCGAAAUAGUAAAUCAAGUACAACCCGAAGCACUUCCAGAAGGACAUGGAACUGGGUUGGAAGAAAUAGCAUUCGUUCAACUAUCCCGGAUGGAACCGGAUGAUGUGAUGAGAUCACGAAGUAGAAGAGCAAGCUCUGAUCUGUUUGCAGAACUAAUUGGAGCGCUGUCAAACAUUAGAUUCGCAACGGUUUCGGACCGGUUUAUUGUAAAACUGGGCGAAUUGACUCGUGCUCCAUUGAGGGACGAAGCCAGGAUAUGUUAUAUAAUAAAUGGAAUGCGAUUUCUCAAAUUAAAGAUAUAUCCUGUGGAAGCUUUGGACGAAACGGCUGAUUUCCUGUUACACUUGGCAGACUCUCUCCGACAGACAAAUGCCGAUCGAAUCGUUCAAGCAUACGCAAAAGUGUUUGUGCAGUUACUCUUACCGCUUGCAGGCGUUGCAGAUGCUGAGGUGAAUUUCCCGGCCUGGGUCAGAGCAGUCGAGCUGCUUUGGAAGAAAACGCACAAGAUAUUGGUAGAUAAGCGGCGUGUAGAGAUCUCAUACCCUCUCGCAACAACUUUACUCUGUGUAUCACAAAAAGACUUUUUCUCUCAUAACUGGAUGAAUAUUGUAGAUCACUGUAUAGCGAGAUUCAAGGAUAAGCAUCGCAAUAUGGCUAUGAACUGUAUAAAUCGUCUAUUAUGGACAUUCAUUUACCGCUGUCCGGAAUCUCUCAGCACAACACAUAAGCGUAUCGAACAUAUCUCACGUGUUUUAUUUCCUCGAAAUCGUGGUGCUUUACCUGAAAUUAAUCACGAUUUACUUGUACAAUUCAUAUAUUUUGUUGGCGUCAAACAUUAUGACUAUUGCAUGACAAACAUACUCAUGAAAUUAAUGAAUAACGAAGCAUUGAUGUCCAAUUCAUCACUCGAUUGCAUACAUCCGGAUCGAAUGAAAAUUGCAAUAUGUUCGUUUGUGGCUCUUCUGGCAGCGAUCGAACUUCAAGAAUGGAGACCGCCAUUUCCUAAGGAGACUGAUUUGGUCAAUGUGAAAAGAGAAUCCACGGGAGUAAAAUAUUCAGCAAACUUAUUGCCAGAUGAUGUAUUCAACAGAGCGGGGCUAAAAGCACAUUUCGAACAUUUCUGCGAUCUAUCGUACCGAAUGAUGUCAAUUUUGGACAAGAUUUUUGGUAAAAUGUCUGUACUUGAAGAAAAAUAUCAAAUUUCACGUCCUCCUUAUUUUCCGCCUAAUAAUCCCAAUGGAAAAGUAAUAUCAUUACCCGGUGAGAAUGGAAUCAUGAUACACAGCUACAAGACACUGACCGUCGCAUAUCAGAGGGAUAAGCAAGUGUACAUGGAUUUAAUGACCACAUAUAUCGAUUCACUUCCUCGUCUACUCCCUGCAUCUUCUAAAUUGCCUACCUUAGUGGAGAUGCUAAGUCGAUACGUUGUGCAUGUUGAUCCCGAGCUGGCAGCAGCAGCAGCACGGGCGCUACGACGCAUUGCCGCCCAAUGUGGAGCUGAAUAUGUUAUAAUGGGACUAUCUCGUUUUGUGUAUAAGAUAGAAGACAAGUAUGUGGAAAUGCUUGCAUGCUCUGGAUCGGACAGUGGGAGAGCAAUAUUAAAACUAUAUUUAGAUAUGUUGUAUGUAUGGUUGCGCCAGUUAAAAGCUCACAAUCAAUCCGUUCAAGAAGAGGAUGUCAAUGCCAGUUCUGACAAUGUAUCUAAAGCACCUAGCGAUUUAGAGGAUUCUGCGGUUUUGACUGUGAUCGAGGAAACAGAGGCAAAUGGAUUACUGUUCUUGUGCAGUCAGGAACCUAUAAUCAGGAAGGAUGCAGUAAGGAUAUUACAAGUGGUAGCUGAAUUAGAAUUGGAGUUGGAAAUCAAAGUAGCACGUGAGAAGGGAUACUCUCGUCACAGUACCAUUGUUGGGAUUGAUGGUCAAUCAAUGAAUGCUCAAUCGAGUCUCGAUAACGUCACUUUGGUUGGAGAAAACUUGCACGGGUAUGACGAGCAUAAUGAGCAUAAUAGAUUACGUUAUAGUGCUAAUGCACAUGAGAAGAAAAUUCAAUAUAAACGAAUAAUUCACAUACUGACUCGAGGAGGAAGGGAUUUAAUCAAAUUCGAUAAAGAUGAUGCAGCGCUCCAUGUUCGUGAAUCUGUUCAACUGCUCAAGUUGAAAGAAGAAGGUACAAAGGAUAUAUUAUUGAAAUUAGUCCAGAGUAGUGAGGCGGAAUAUUUACCUUUAUGGACGAGAGUUUUCCCCGAAUUUAUGAAGCUAUGCUUUGAUCACUUUGCGGUUACCGUUGCAUUAUGCAGAAACAACGUUUGUUCCAGAAUAGUAUCCAUGCAACAGGCAAUAAUUAGUGCUGCUGAGCCAGUAACGCGUACCCCGGCUCCCACACUUCGAAUGCACUUACCACCAAAGGUGGCGCCGGCAACCGAUGAAAUGAUAGGACAAUGGAGACUAUAUCUUAUAGUGGCCUGUUCGACCAUUACUUUGACCGAUGAAUACGUAGAUCGUAUUUGGACACCUUCCCGCAGACGAGCAGACGUUACGCCCCCUGAUCGAAUUACAUCAGCCCGGGUAUUAUUCAGAAUGGUAUUACGUCUUCUAUCUUCUGAACGACAACUUAUCCGUGAUGCAGUAGUAACUGCCCUUGGUAAUAUUAAUGAAAACGUAUAUAAAGUGCUCUUGGAGGACAUGCAACAAUAUCAGGAUAAAAUUGCCGAAGAGUCUAGGAGGAACGUUCAGAGAGGAUAUACUGGUACCUAUAAGAGAUCUAGGAAAUACGAAAGGCUUCGCACAGAACUAGCUCAUGUCUAUCAGUUGACGGCUCACUUUCUCCUAAAAGAAGAAUUUAUUCACGAUCCAGAGGUACAAACGAUGACUAAAACGUAUGUUGAGGAUACUUUUACUUUUUUGCGGGAACCAGAAAUUACGAACGACUGGGAGUGGCGGAGACUACGAACAUACCUGUGUGGAUUAGUGGAGAAACUCUAUGACGCAUCACAACAGGAGAAAGUCGACAUUAUAUCUGAAAAGUUACGAGUCGACUUAUUUCGAAUGUUUGAAGAAUGGUGUGGACAUGGGACGAAGAAUGCUGACCACGCGAGGAUAAGGAUGCAAUUUGAGGCAGAUCACAGACCCGUACAGCAGAUGGAGGCAGAAAGGAAAUCAUUAGAGCUAGCUGCCUUGAAUGCGAUGGCUUCAUUAUGUCGAGGUCCUGUUAUUUGUGCAGAGUCACAGACUGGAGGUGGAUCACGCAAUAGGGGAUUAGAAAUGAGUAACCUUUUGAAGUGGAUAGAGACUGUCUUUGCUGAUCCCCAAGACAGACUUCAUCCCAUUGCAAGGCGAGCUCUUGAAGGAAUGCUAGUAUACAAUGCUAAUAACCUAGCAGUAUUAGAGAGAACAAUCAACCUAUGCUAUUCGCGUCGUCCAGAACUGAAAAGCACUCAAGGCUAUUUUAUGACAGUUGCCAACACCCUGUUCCAAUUAGAUCCAAGUAAAACCCCACCCGUUUCUAAGGUACUAGCACUUGCACUUUUCAAAGUAGGUGAUCCUGAUCUGGAAAUUCGCCGUACUGCAAUGAAACUUCUCAAACUCGUGCAGACAUCCUUCUAUAACGAGUCUGUAGACGAAUUCCAAGUAGGUAUAACAAGCACAGUUCCGUCCAUUUACAAAAGCUCUCAAAUAGACUUGUCUGGCCGAUUAGCUCAAUGUGCACGUAAGCAUGAUAACGAAAGACGGAAGAAAGCACCGGCAAAUGAUACUGCGUCGGAGAAUGCUUCAGCCGAAGACUUAUUGAUGGCGUCGGAUGAGACAUAUUUAAUGUUAUCUGAGAUGGCCAAGUUAUUUGAAUCUGUCAGCGAGAAAUCUCAAAGAGAUAUGCUAGGUUACAUGUUACCAUGGCUAAGAAACAUUGAAUUCGUUAUGACGGAUGGUAAAUUGUAUCUAACAACCUACAUGGUGUUAUCCAACCUAUUCUAUAUCACUGUUAAAUAUGGCGAUAUAUUUGUCAAGGAGGUCGAGUUAUUGUGGCAGCAAUUGGUUGCGGGUGAGAACAUGAAGAAUGUAUGUGCGAUAGUUAACUACUUUAUAACAAUAGGCAUGGAGAAGAGGAAUCCAAACUUUGUUACUCACGCCAAAAGAGUGUUUGUAUAUCUUGGUCGAACUCCAGCAUGUAUGGUUUUGAUUGAAACACUAAUGGCAGAAAUAUCCCCAACGGCAAUGUUACCGUCUCAAGACGACAAUUCGACGUCCCAAACGACCAAGGACAAUUCAUCUCAGCAGGAAGAGAGUUCUAGUACAGCUGAACAGAGAGAAGAUACAUCUGUAAAAUCCCCUAUUGACUCUUCAUUUAGACGUCAAAUAAGUGAAGUUGGAUUAUUCUGUGCUACUAUUGAUGAUGCAUUGCCUGGUCAUCACAAGCCGCCCGUUUUCUCAUCUAGUCAACUGGCUAUGAUGUAUAUGGUUGACAUGGCUAUUGAAGCAGGUGGUGACCUGAAAGUGCACUUACCGCUAUUGAUUCAUGUGAUAUUCGUGCAGUUGGAUGCGCUUCAAUCUACCAUCAGCGAGGAAGCACGUGCAUUCUUGAUCAAUCUUAUUCACUCAAACGUCAUAAGCAAGUCAUUCUAUUCAGACGCUGUCAGAUUUGCGACGAGGUUAGUAGCAGAGUUGAACGCAAAGACAAGCCCGCGGCUAUGGAAAUACGAGGAUAUAACAUACAAAAAUCGUAAUAUUAAAAGUUUAUCCGAUCUCGAGGCAUUAUGUCACGAUGUGCUUAAUGUAUUCAGAGAUCGCGGAACUGGUACCACAAUCAAACAAAAGUGGGGGGAGAUUGCAUUGAAAUGGGCAACCAACUGCACAGUGCGCCAUGUCGCUUGUAGAUCGUUCCAGAUAUUCAGAGCACUUAGACCAGAUUUCAAUGAACUUAUGCUUGCUGAUAUAGUUCACCGACUGUCUAAUACAAUUGCUGAUACUCAUGAAGAAGUUCAAGGAUUUGCACUGGAGACACUGAUCACGCUCAGUUAUAUAGUAGAUUGGUUACCGCUCGAUACCAAGACCUUGUUCCCUCAAAUCACAUGGACCAUGAUAGCGUGUUUGCAGACAUCAAAUGAGCCUGAAUACCUGGAAGCUUUAACCAUAUUAAACAAGUUAAUGGAUAAGUUUGAUUUCAAUGAUAAUGAAAACCGGAGUUUACUUUGGUCCUUCUUCCCCGGACCCAAAUGGAGUGGCGUAUUUGAAGGCAUUCAACCUCUACUCAUCAAAGGCAUUCAAUCGUCGCAUUCGGUUGCACCAACGUUCCGUAUGAUGAAAAAGCUACUAUUGUUAGAAGAAGAGCAGUUAGUAGAUCCGACACCUACGCGUCUGUUAUUCCUCCUCCUUGCUAAUAUCCCUAGAUUAGUUCACGCUUUUGACGUGCCAUCUACAGUGGAGGAAUGUAGAGAAUGGGCUCAAAAUAUCUCUGUUAUUGCUACCAAGGAGAACAAAGACAACAUCGCGAAAGUGAUGUUUUCGUAUUCGAAGGGAAGGUUUAGAACGAAGGAUGAUUUUAUUAAGCAAGCGGUAGUUGUUAUCAAAGAUAAUUAUAUCCCUCAAUUCCAAGUCAAAAUUCUUUUAUUUUUGAUGAGUCUUUUGUGGAAUAAGAUACCUUACUAUAAAUUGAAAACAAUGAAAAUAAUCAAGAUGUUGUUGCCUCAUAUUGAUACUCAACAACCGGACUUUAUUGAAAUUGGAGCUGAAGUUAUAAUGCCAUUACUUCGACUGCUAUCCACUCAGUAUGCACAGUCAGCGCUUGAAGUAUUAGAUGAAGCUAUAUCGAUAUCCGGAGGGCCAAAGGACAAAUAUAUUCUACGGAUGAGUGGUAUCGCAGGCAGAAGGUCAUCCAAUAGGGACACGAAGAAUGAAGCUUCUCGUUUCGGGGAACCGUCCGAAACAGGAUGGUCAGUGCCUGACUUGGCAAAGACCCAAGAAUUAACACGCUCUAAUGUCCGUUCCGUCUGCUACACGUGCGCAAUUGCGCCAGAUAAUGCACAUUAUUUCGGUGGAUUCUCAUCUGAAAUGCCGGUGAUCCAUCCUGAUGAAAUGUCUAACGAUUGUAUACCUGCAUCAGAUUAUCAGUUCAGAGAGAUAGUCAAUGAGUUGCAAACGUUGAAGGACUUCUGGGGAGAUGAUGGUAGUCUGUCUGCCAAUAGCAUUGACGCUGGUAGGUCAAUGACAAUGACAUCACUGCAAAUACCCAGCAUCAUUGAGGAGAAUAUCACUGAUCCCGAAUACGAAGAAAGAAUAGAGGCGACGUGGGAGAAGAGUCUGUCUAAAUCAUCAUCUGUAACGUCGUUCUCUACAUACGUUGAUGCAUUUACCGAUUCAUCUGUUUUUGGUAUCCCUCAAAUGCCACGUCGAUCGGACAAUAAUAGGCAAAUGACUCUGACGCAGUCGAGUUCUUAUUCUUCUACUGAUGAGGAGGCAGACAUGGAGCGUGUGUAUGAUGAUUCAGAAUCAAUCAUAUCGGAGGGUAAUAACGAGUCAUUCCAGUUGGAAGGAAUAUUAUCAAAAUCACGGUACUCACCAGCAAGGAGAGGUAGUAAACAAAGUCAGGGUACUCCUUAUGGUGUUGAACCCCCCACACCACAGCCGUCACUAGCAUCUGUUCAUUCGCAUUCACAUUCUCACUCUUCUCAUGGGUCAAUCUCGUCUUCAUCUCAUCACACUUCUCCAUCCAAUUAA